AUGGCAUCCAAUUUUGAGAAAUCUCACUGCUUGAUUGACAACUUAAAGGCAAGAAUUAACAAAUUGGCAUUCAAGACACAAGACACAACAAAAUUGUUUCAAAGGGGUGAUCAAGUUGAAGUUGCAAGUCAAGAAUGGGGAUACAUUGGUGCAUAUUAUACCGCGACUAUAGUUUCUCCAAUUGGAAAUUCUCACUAUAGAGUUCGAUACAAGAAUUUAGUAAACGACGAUAAGUCUGAUUUACUAGUGGAAAUUGUCAAGGCUUCUGAGAUCCGUCCUGUACCACCUAAACACGAAACGUUAUUAGUGCCUGAAGAUAUUCAUAUGUACGAUAUAGUUGAUGUGUUCGAUAAUGAUGGAUGGUGGAUCGGAUUUAUUUCUGGAAGACAUGAAGAAAAUUACAAGGUUUAUUUCCCUACUACUGGGGAGAAUGUUGCAUAUUCUCCUCAUCUUUUGAGGUUUCAUCAAGAAUGGAAUAAGGGCAAUUGGAUUUCUUCAAACUAA